AGUCAGAGCUGGUCAGACUGACGGCAGCAGAGGACCGGAGCUGAGAGCUGAGACACCGCUGGAUUAACAUCUCCAUCUGGACCUGAAUCUGUCUGCGCUGAGAGGAACGAGCCUGAGGAUGACACGGACUCUAGCAGCCCUCUCUUUGGCUUUCCUUUUGUCCACACACGGAGCUUCGGGCUCCUAUCCUCGAGCACAGAAUGUCACUUGGAUGUCCAUCAACUUCAAAACUAUCCUGACCUGGGAACCCAAACCUUCAGCUGAUUACUCCUACACGGUGGAGUUCUCUGCGCCUGGCGGGGACAAGCAGAGGAAUCUUCAUUGCAUCCGGUCUUCACUUACAACAUGUGAUCUGUCCACCUCUUUGACCGACCUGAACGCCUGCUACACGGCCGAUGUCCUGUCUGUACCCUCGAAGCUGGGAGCCUCUGACCUGAUUGAGUUUCCCCACACCACCUCGUCACGGUUCUGCCCCUACAAAGACACUGAUAUAGGCAAACCUGAAUUUAAGUUGAAGGUGAGCGAAGACAAAAAGAAAACCACCUUGUAUGUGACUGACCCGCUCACCGCCCUGUUUAAAGACGGCCAGCAGCUGAAUAUCAGGGACAUCUUCUCUGAUCAGCUGCAGUAUAGAGUCACCUAUCGUAAAAACCAGAGCACCGGCAAAAAAUUGUACACCUCCAAGACCAAUGAGAUAGAGCUGUCCGAUCUUGAUCAAGGGGAGAGCUACUGCUUCACUGUCCAAGCGUACAUUCCAAGUCGUAGCGUUGACAAGCAGCUGGGAGAGAUGAGCCAACCCCAGUGCUCCAACAACGACAACCCGUCCAUCUUAAAAGUGUAUUCCAUAGGAGUGAUUGCUUGUGCCAUCUUCCUCAUUUUGCUGCUGAUUGGCAUCAUCGUUGCUGUCACCGUGGUCUGCUGCAAACGCAGGAAAAAAACUCUGAAAAAUGAAAAGGACGGAAUGCCACUCGAGGUUAUAUAAUGUAUAUCUGUUUAACCACACACACACAGAAAUGUUGGCUUUACUUGCUUUGUGAGGACCCUCAUUGGCAUAAUCUUCCAUAACCCCUGACCCUAACCUGAACAAUGAUGACUGAAUGCCCAGACCUAACCCAUUCCCAAAUCUGUUUCUCACCUUAACUCUUCAACCAAGUCUUUAAAUUGCCGUUUAAAGUUGUGACGACCAGCCUAAAUGUCCUCACAAAGUGUGAAAUGUCCUCACCACAGUGGUUCUGAGUGAGACGUGGUCCUCACAAAGACAGCACAACAAGCCACACACACACACACACACACACACACACACACACACACACACACACACACACACACACACACACACACACACACACACACACACACACACAUAUCACUGUGCGGUACGUCUGAACUGGACUGAGGCUGGAGAAGAUCAGAUCUAGUUCAACAUUCCACUGUCAAACACUGGAAUUAAUCCUUCCUUUAGUUUCUGUGAAACUCUGUUAGGCCUAUUUUUCCUGCCUCAUUUUCAGCUGCACAUUAACAGACUUUAGGGAAACACUGAUGGAGCUCUCCUGCUGUAAAGGUUUUCAGUCAUAACGCUGAAGCUGUAAUGUUUCAUUUAUUGUCUUUUAUAUUUGGAAUAGUGGUACCUCAGAUGACCGUAGAUAAACACUACCAAAUCAUUCUAUUUAAUUGAUUUUAUAUUCUACUUUAUAGCAUGAUGUGACUGUCAUGAUGAUGGUUUUUGGGAUGCUUAUGGGAAAUAUAGCAUAUAAUAUUUUUAUAUCUGACACUUAAUUUAUUGUGUUUAUUUGAAAUUAACAUAUUUGUUCAUGAUGCUGUUUUAAGCUGUUUUAUACUUGACAUUGUUGCUGAUCAGUUUAUGUAGUUUAAUGUGGAAAAAGUAAUAAAUGUUUUACAGAACACAA